AUGGUCCGCCACCCGGUCCACCUCAAUGGCCAGGACAGCACCAGGGCUCCGAGCCUGCAGGCCACGAAUUUGUCUCUGCCGGACCCUUUGACAGCGAGUCGUUCGCCUUGCCCGGGCCUCAAUGCCCUAGCAAAUCACGGCUGGCUCCGUCGCAGUGGCCUAAACAUAAGCUUCCCCGAGAUUGAUUAUGCCGCCAAAAAUGUAUACAACUUCGCUCCAGAGACCUACCUUGGAGCUUUCCUCGCCGCGAACCAGACCUUCAACCUGUCCACCACAGGGAGCUCCCUGACCAUAAACCUUCGUGACUUAGCUCGCCACGCCACCAUCGAACAAGACGGCUCCCAGUCGCGCAACGACAUUUACUUUGGCGACGAUCUACACUACGAUGCCACAGUAUUUGCUGGUGUAGCAGCCAGUCUGGGCCUACACGACUCCAGCCCGCCGAAUGCAUAUGUCACAGUUCCAAUCGCAGCGAAAGCUCGCGCAGCCCGACAAGCUCUGGCUAAGAGCGUGAAUCCGACAUACAGUACUGGGCCGGGACCUGAAUUAGGCUCCAUAGGAACUACAGCGCUCUACCUCGCCACUCUUUGGGACUUCUCGGCUUCGGGCGCCCCAAAGGCAUGGGUCAAGACAUUCUUCGAGGAAGACCGCAUUCCCUAUCUCGAAGGCUACGUCGCACCGCAGACCAAAGACCUGACCUUCUUGGCAAAUAUGGUCUCUGCCGUGAACAACGCCAGCAGCGAUGCACUGCCCGCGGAGCUGCUGGGAGAAGUGACGAAUAUGGGGAUGAUGUAG